AUGACGGUUUCAUCUUCCAGCCGAAGCGUGACUGAUUCAAAAUGCCAAUCUCAAUCUGAAGGAGGAUGUCAAAAGAAGAAGAAGAAGAUGUCAGCAUCAGCAUCAGCCUCAUCAUCAUCAUCAUUCUUCAUCUUUCCAUUCCUCCUUGUUACACUGCUGAUGCUGCUGAUUCAGAUUCAAUCGGUACAGUCAUCAGAGUCUGAAAUCACCACAAUUUCCUCCUUGGACCAAUUGAAAGUGGAUGAAAACAAUCGGGUCUCCAGUCAUUACCUUCUGUAUCCGGAAGGUUGUGAUUACUAUCCUUCCCAAGCCUACGUUCCAAGUCACUUUGAGGCGCACACUGUGACUGGUGCUGCCAGAGACGUCCUAUUUGCUGAUUUGCCACCCGAAAGCAGCAUUGAGAACUGCCCGGCAGUGUGUAUGGAACGAGGAGUCCAGCAGCAUAUUGCCGGUGCGGUCUUGCCCCAUCGCUAUUACACUCCUACCGAGAGAGAUGAUAGACUCCGCAAUGGGGAAUUUCAAAAUUGGUUUGGCACCCAUUGCUCUAGAGUCGAAGUCUGUCUAUUGAAUUACCACGAUCGUGAAAAUCCAUUGGUAGUCUAUUGGCUCAAGAAUGAUGGCACCCGUGUUUAUCAAUUCGACUUGAAUUAUGGAGAACAAGCCACGAUUUGCAUCAAUUCGUACAUCGGUCAUACCUUUGAGGUCACCACCAAGGACGAUCAAAGUUUGGGCAAGGUACCCGUGGAAUUCACCUUGAUUCUUCCCUUUGGACACUCGCCACCUUCGGACCAUACCCAUUCCCGAAACUUUACUCGGGAGAUUCAGACAUCCUUGAGGCACGAAUGGUUUCGCCAAGAUCGCAUCAAGCGGACCUUUUCACCCUUGGGAUUUGCCAAGGGGCGACUUCCCGAUGACGUCUUUGCUUCUCUUGGAGCUUUGUAUUAUAAUAAUCAGCGCAAUGUUUGUUUGGAAGAAUGGGGUGGCAAGGGUGUCUUUGUCAAUUGGUGGGAAACCGAAGUUGCCUUUUUGCAAAUUCCAUGGAGAAUCAAGGAAUUGCAUCAACAGCGGUUGAAGGACAUGGUCAGCGAGUGGGCUGGGGUCGAAGUAGAAGAAACCGUCAUGUACGGCUUUCGUCAGUAUCAAGAAGGGGCUCGUCUCCUGACUCAUGUCGAUCGUCAUACCACACACGCGGUCAGUUUGAUUGUCAACAUUGCCCAAGGUGGACUCGACGAACCAUGGCCAGUCGAAGUAUACGACCAUGGUGGUAGACUCCACGAGGUUGUCAUGGAACCUGGUGAUGUCGUCUAUUACGAAUCUGCCAAGAACCUUCACGGCCGCAAUCGUCCUCUCAAGGGUAAGAAUGGGUAUUAUGUCAAUCUCUUUACCCAUUACCGACCCCAAGCAGAGGGUGAUGACUGGUGGCACAAUGCGGAGGCCCUUCCACGAUCCCCUCCCGUCAUGGAAGCGGAAGGAGACUGUCACUUGGAUGACAACUUGCAAUCAUUGGGUGAACAAUUGGGUCAUGUCCAAUGUGACGACAAACGAUUGGGAGUCAAUAUUUCUCCAGCCAUGGCCAAGGCCUUUAAUGCCAAAGACCUUAUUGCUUGGUGGGAAUACACCUCACCAGACAAUUAUGAUCAAGAGAAGAAAUUCCAACAGCCACCGCCACUCACUGUACCAUCGGAAGCAGAAUUGUAA